AUGAAAGCCAUAAAGUUAGCAACUCUAUUAUUGUCAUUAACUUUUAUUACAAUCAAUGCUGCACCUGCACUAAGAUCCUUAGUCCACAAAAUUCCUUUGCAAAAGCAUGGAUUUUCAGAUAAAUAUACUUUAAAGGAAAAAUUUGCUCUUGAAAAAAAACUGGCAAUUUCAAAAUUCUCUCAAAGCUCUAGUGACCCAACUGAACCAUUGACUGACAUAAAAAAUGAUAUCGGUUAUUCUGGGCCAAUCGUAGUCGGCGGUCAAGACUUCACAGUAAUAUUCGAUACAGGUUCCUCAGAUUUUUGGAUUCCAACGAAAGGUUGUUCUAGUGAAGCUUGCAAAGAUGAUCAUCUAUUUGAUCCUUCCAAAAGUAAAACGUUCAAAAAGAUUGGUGAUCCAUUUUUCAUUGCAUAUGGAAGUGGCCAAGUUAGCGGUACAACUGGAUCCGAUGAUUUGUCUAUUGCUGGUGCGAAAGUAAAAGGUCAAAUUUUUGGAUUGGCAACAGAACUUUCUGAUGGCUUCGCCGGCUUUGAAUUCGAUGGGAUUAUAGGAAUGGGAUUUGAUUCAUUAGAAGUGAUCAAAACCAAAACUCCUUUCGAAAACUUGCUUGCACAGAAAGUUAUUUCAGAUCCUGUGUUUGGCUUCUUUUUGGGUAGAGAAGAAGAUAAGACAGGCGAUAAGAGUGAAUUGUCUAUAGGCGGUGUUGAUAAAACAAAAUUUAAGGGUGAUCUUAAUUUCAACAAGGUUGCAGAUCCUUCAUAUUGGCAGAUUAAACUUGACGAUAUUAAAUUUGGUGGAAAAUCUCUUAAAAUCGGAACGGAUACUGCCAUAAUUGAUACAGGCACUACUGUUGUCGUUGCUUCGACAGAUGCAUUCACCGCGAUUAAUACAAAAAUUCCAGGUUCAAAUUAUAACCCAGCUUAUGAUGCUUACACUAUUCCUUGCGAUACAAAAUCUGUCGUCUCUUUUGUUUUUGGUGGCGUCUCGUAUGAUAUUAAUCCUGAAGAUUUAGUAUUUAAAGAUGAAAGUAGUGGCCUCUGUUUUUCUGCAAUAUUUGAUGGUGGAGACCUCUGGGUCAUAGGAGAUACAUUUUUGAAAAAUGUUUAUACUGCAUUCGAUUUAAGUCAAAAAGCU